CUAAUUUUGAUUGGUCUACUGUGUAGAGAAUGACUAAUCAAAUCUAUCUUCUCAUUUCAUCCUUAUCAGGAGUGACUGAUUAAUUUCCGGUUGCAGACAAAAAAAAAGGAAAGCUAUUUCACAUUCGAAAUGACUGAUUUUUUGUGGGCAGUGAAGAAUGGCGACCUUGGCGCGGUACAGAAUUUUGUACAAGAGGGAGUCAAUUUGAAUGAAGAAAUAGAAGGAAGAACACCAUUACAUUAUGCUGCAGAUUACGGACAUUCAGAGGUCAUAGGAUUUCUGGUGGAUAAGGGAGGACAAGUUGAUAUUAAAGAUAAACAUGGAAUAACUCCUAUAUUAGCAGCAAUAUGGGAAGGUCAUACGAAUAGUGUUAAAAUUCUUUUACAAAAGGGUGCUAGUAAAACAGGUAGUUCACCUGACGGGAUGUCGUAUUUAGAAUGUGCAGAAAAAGAGGAAAUUAAGCAGCUAUUACAAUGACUGAACAAAAACUAAUGUUAAUUAUUUUUAUAAUUAUAUUGUGAGAGCUUGAAGCUGUCGUCAUUUGUCAUAAUCAAGGUCAUCAAAUUUUUUUGAAUUUUAAAUCCUCAUAAAAGGUUUGUGACAGAAGUGCAAAAUUGUGUUUAUAGUUUGCCAACUGCCAUCUCAUUAAUGAACUGAUUGAAAUAUUUAUCAUGUUUAUUGAACAAAACAUUAAAAAAAAAUAUGUGAAUUUAUUUUACUCUGAAAUUUUGUUUUGAAAUAUCAGUUUAAGGGAAGGAAAACCCAUCUUAACAUAAGUCCCCAGAGGAUCAUUCAAUAGUCAAUUUGUCUAGGGUUAUAAUAUAUCUACUAUUCGAAACAAAAUUUCAAUUGACAAUCAUAUUUGUAGCUAAAAUUCUCCUUUUUUUCAAACAAUCUUUUUGUUUAAGAUCUUGUUGAAUUGGUUAACAAAUGUUUUAUUGUUGAGAAGCUGUGCUCUGUUUUCUCCAGCCUUUAUAAUGUUGAGAGACUAAAGAUUUAGUUAUUGCGUAUUUAUUAUUAAAACAUCAACAUUGUGUUAAUAAUCUUUUGAAUGAAUGGAUAUUUAAGUUUUUAUUUUAAAGGAUGUUUGCACAAAAGUAUUAAACAAAUUGCUAAAAGAUGUUUUUUCUUCUCCAGUAGAGCAUUGUUUAAACAUUUCUUUCUAGUGAAGGGUGGGUGUUACUUAUUUUUUUUGAAUAAACAAAAUCUGUAACUAGAUAACAUACUAUAAAAGUGCUACAUUAUAUAACCAGAGCACAAGGAUAAUAUUUUUGCAGAAAUUUUUACACUUUAUUAUGUCUACAGCUUACUUAAUUUUGUACCAAAACCUUGUAUCAUGCUAUAAAACAUGUGAAACCUUUAAGAAUGCAAUUGAAGAGAGCUACGUUAAACUAAUAAUUAAGUAUGGGGUAUGCAAUAUUUGUUUUCUUUUAUCUUGACUUGCAUGAGUUUGAAUGAAGAGAAGCAAAAGGUUCGUCUGUACAUGUAUUUGAAUGUUUACACAUAUGAUAACUCAUGUGUAGUUUUCAGUAUAAUGUUCAAUGUUUUAUAAAAAAAACAUUUGCAGUUGCCUCCCUUUGAUUGCUAUGAUUAUCUUACUUUUGUAAUCAAAUGAACAAAACUUGAUAUUUUACUUUUUUUUCAACUUGGUUAAUACUAUUUAUUUGAAUAUUUUAUGUAAUUAAAAAUUUAUAUAAAUCAUUAUUAGAUAAACAGGUUUAAAAAUGUAUGUGUAUAAGAAAUAAUUAAUUAUAUUGCAUUGUUAUAAAAGAUACACACAAAAAAUAUCAAGAAAGUAAAGACAUAUUUGAAAGAGAUAAAUUUAUUUUAUUAUUUUUCAUCAUAUUAAUUAUUUUACAAGGUUCAGUGGGUUUAAAAGUACUUCAAAUGGGUUCAGAGGUGAUGGAUGCACAGUCUAUGUUUUUGUUUGUGCUUGUUAAUUGUAAAAGAGGCACUGGAAAGGAUUAUUAGUUCAAUAGGUCACAAUUACUGUCAUUGAAAAAUGAGACAGACUGCUAAAGUUAUGAAUGUAGAACAUAAGUUGACUUUCUAAUUUUGAACAAAAUUUGUCACAUCUUCCAAACCAAUGGUUAUCUGUUAAUAUUGAAAACAAUGUAAAAUUUUAUAACCAUUUGGACCUAGACUGUUUUAACUAUCACUGUCUUUAAUUUGGUGAGCAAACUUUCAUUUGUAAAGGAGGGAGAAUCUACCCAAACUAAAAAAAUUAUGUCCAACUUUAGUCAAAAUUCAUUAAAAUGUCUUUUUGAUAAAGAUUUUAUUAUUUUUCCCUUUUUGUUGUCAAGGAUAUUUGUUGAAUACAAAAAGAUAUUCUACUUUAGAUUAUAAAAACAACAUAAUAUAAUCAAUUAAAUAUUAACCCUUUCUGGGCCUCUAGUUUUUGGUGCAUAUGUACUUGUCAGGUACAAAAUUGUUAUUGAAUCACUAACCUUAUAUGCUUCACAGAUGUCAGUAUUUAUAAUAAAUUUUAUAAAAUAUUA